CGCCUCGGCUUGUCCUCUCCCAACCACCACAAAAAAAAAGAAUGAGUGCCGGCAAAUCCAUUCCUUUGUUCCCCUCUAAGACUGCCAUUGAGGCUUCCUUUGUUCCUCAUGCCAAGGUUUCCAAGCCUGUUGUGCGUUCCGUUGAACCCAUUGGCCCUUAUUUCCUUGCUCAUGCCAGACGCUUGAAGUAUGGUCGCACGUUCAGUGAGGAUGAGCGUUUGACUAAGAAGGCCGAAGUCGUCGACAACAGCGGCGAGGAGUCUGAGGAUGAGCCUGAAGACCCCGAGAUGUUGCGUGCUGACCCCAAGGAAUGGAAGAAGCAAGACCACUAUGCCGUUUUGGGUCUGUCCAAGUACCGUUACAAAGCUACCUUUGAGCAGAUUAAGAAGGCUCACUUGAAGAAGGUUCUGAAGCAUCACCCUGAUAAGAAGGCCUCUUCUGGCAACUACAACGAUGACUCUUUCUUCAAGUGUAUCCAAAAGGCUUAUGAGAUUUUGUCGGACGAGACGAAGCGUCGUCAAUACGAUUCUGUUGAUGACAAGGCCGACGUCGAGCCUCCUGAGGAGGACGAAGACGGAGAGGGUGAUUUCUUCGAGCAAUGGGGACCCGUGUUUGCCAGCGAGGCCCGUUUCUCCAAGAAGCAGCCCGUUCCCCUUUUGGGUACCAUGGAAAGCAGCCGUGCUGAGGUGGACAACUUCUACAACUCUUGGUACAACUUUGACUCCUGGAAGACAUUUGAGUACUUGGACAAGGAUAUCCCCGAUGAUGGCGAGUCUCGUGAUAACAAGCGUUUCCAAGAGAAGAAGAACAAGGCUGAGCGUCAAAAGAACAAGGCUAGAGACAACGCCCGUCUUCGUCACUUGAUUGACCGUGCCAUGGCCAUCGACCCCCGUAUCAAGCUCUUUAAGCAGCAAGAUAAGGCUGCUAAGGAAGCACGCAAGUGGCAGCGUGAGGCUGGCGCUCGUGAGGCUGCUGCUGCCAAGAAGAAGGCCGCCGAAGAGGAGGCUGCUCGCAAGGCCAAGGAAGAGGCUGAACGUGCUGCCAACGCUGCCCAAAAGAAGAAGGCCAAGGAGGACAAGAAGAAGGCUCAGAAGAAGGACAAGAAGACCGUCAAGGGAGCCUUGAAGGACUUCACCUACUUCUCCGGUGCUGAGGAGCCUACACCCGAGCACAUUGACAUGGUUCUUCGCGACGUUGAGGUCUUGAUGGCCAACUUGGGUGACGGUGAGCUUGGACAAUUGGCCGGUGAAAUCAACAAGGAGAAGGGCAAGGGUGCCGAUGCCGUGCGCUCUGUCUUUGAUGGUUUUGCUCGCAAGUUUAUUGAACGUGGCAGCAUCAAGGAGAACGAUGUUAUGUUCUUUAGCAAGUAAGCUGCGAGUUAGCAGCGCUUGAGAUGUUUACCCCAAGUCUUGUCUGGGAAGCCAAGGCCAGGAUAUCAAGUGCACUGACAGUGUCAGUGCAAUGUCGACGGCGGUCCGUCUAAGGCUCGUUUUAUUCUUUUCUUUUUGUUUGGUUCUUUUUGGUCUAGGUAGGUUUUGAAAUUGAAUGGAUGAGCCGAACAAGAGGAAGGCGGGGGAAGCGGGUGCGGCUUUGGUUUGUUUUUUGUUAGUCGAUUAGAGCGAGCUGUGUCUACCAGAGAGGGCAAGCAGCAUCUGGGUUUCCGCUGGCCGUUCC